AACUGAGCCCACUUGGGAAGACCUGAGUAGAGAGGUAACACAGAUCUUUAACAGUAUCACUGUAAAGGCUAGACCAAGGAAACAGAUACCAAUGUGGAGAAAUUGGGCAGGCAAGAACCUCUGGGGACAGGUCACAGUCCUUCCGAGCUAUCUGAAUUGGGAGUCUAAGAUCAGAAGCAAGGGUAUACUAAAAGUACUAGGGAUAUGCUGUGAAGUAGGUACUGGGGUACGGGUGAACUCUGCAAGGGCAAGCUCUGUUAAUGUUCUGCAAAAUGGGUCAGAUAGUUAA